AUGAAAAGUUGUGGAAAUUUAAACACAAGUCCAUUUUCAAGAAAUAUUAGGAAUAGAAAUCAAACACAGAAAUGAUUACCAAACCAGUGUGACAACUGAAUUCAAGCUCUCAGGCAGAUCAUUGCUUGAGACAACUGAUUCUCUACUCUUGGAAAUAACUUAGUGAAGGUGCUAAUGUCUCAGCUGAGCCGCUCGGUUGACCCCUGAAAUUUACCUAAGAUGAGAAAGAAUUCAGAUUCAGAGUACAAUCCUACUCAGUCUACUUUAGACCAUAUCCCAGCCCACCAGAUGAAAAAUUCUUCCAAUAAUCAAAUUGACUGAAACAUUUUUCGUCAAGAAAAUCCGCUAUAUUAUCAAAAAAUUGCUCCUAAGCAUUCAAAAAUGCCUCAUAAAGCCUCCCUAAGCCAAGCCUUGUGCUAUAAAAGAGAGUCAAACAAGCUUAAGCUCGCUAAACUUGACAAAAACCUGGUAGAAGAGAAACUUGAAAUACCCACUGUAGAUAAGUAUGAAACUCUUAAAGUUAUUCCUUGCCCAUUUGGAAAUUCUGAAAUCCUUGACAUUGAUCGGUCUUUCGAGUCUAGUGAUUAUUUCAGUGAGAAAACUCCUGAUCUUCUCCCGACAAAGAGUCUAAAUAUUGAUCCGGAGAAAAUUCAUAGAGCGAAGAAAAAUUCAUCCUUCGGGAAGCGCAAAAAUAAGAUAAAAGUUAUAUAUCAAACAACAAAGAAGCAUGCCAAAAAAUCUUCAUUAUCUAAGAAGCAAGCUAUUAGGAAAUCUAUUGGGCUCCUCAAACAAGGCUUGAUGAAGAAGUUACUGGCCAUCUCGGAUGAACCAGCAGACAGUCAGAAGAGCUUGCUGGUGCUAGAAAAUAAAUCUAAGAAGAAAAUUGGUAUAAGCGUUAUAGCAAGAAAAACUGUCGAGAUUAGAGAUGCUUUGGAACUCAAGAAAAAUGAGCCCCAGAAGGAUAGUCUUCAAGAAAGACAACGUGAUGAUAGGAUGAUUAGUAUUGAUACUUCUAAAGAUAGAGACUCUAGUUCCGUUUCAGAAGAUUAAAUACCGAAAAAACUACACAUCCAAUGAUGUUAUUUAAAAAAUUCUCUGAAUUCUUUGUUUUCAAACUCUCUUGUGUUGAGUUCAGCUCAAAGUUACUCCGUUUCAUGGGGUUAUAAAACUAUUUAA